AUGGAAACAACUGGGCAUUCACCGACAGGCCACGGCUUUGCUCGAUUCGCCGCCAACGCGAAAGGUCUCGAUGCGGCCUUUCCAUCUCAUAUAAAUGCCGAAAUCAGCAUCGAGAGUCGCCUCGAACGCCUCGAGCACACAGUCCAGUCUUUGGCUAGCUCUGUUGAUGAGGCAUUACAUGUCUUGUCCGCAAUACCCUCGCAAAGAGAUUUGACUAAAACCCCCAACGUAUCCAACCGCAACAUCGCGAGUGGAGAGAACAAAUCUAACUCGCAGCUAUAUAUUGGUCCAUCGCACUCUUUCUCCUUUCUACAAGAGACACCCGCAGACAUCGAGCGCCUACCGCGACAAGGGCUUAAGGAUACUCGUCAGGGUGCCAUUUCAGAGAUUUGCAAUAUGUCAUCGAGUCUGACUACAGCAAAAGUCGGUAAUCCAAUGGGAAGUUCAACACAUUUCUAUGUACCAUCAAAGCCUGCAGGAUAUGCCCUCCUCGGUAAGUUUCUAGAGCAGAUUGAGCUCGGAAAGCCCUUCUUUCGCUUCCCGUCAGAAGAAAUUCUUCGACAGGUUGUUUUCGAACCUCAGAAAGUCCGAGAAAAGGCGUGGAUUGUUUCUUUCAAUUACAUCUUACUUGCUGCGAUAUCUACUCAGCAGGAUGAAUACGAGGAAAAACUCCGACAGAAUGCUCAAUUGGCGCUCAAUGAUAGCCGAAUAUUCCUUGAACCAUGCCUGGCUAAUGUGCAAGCCUUGGCUUUGCUCGCCAUUCAUGGCGAGGACUUUGCUGCACCCAACCUAUCUUGGAUGCUGUUGGGCCAUGCAUGUCGCCAGGCCGAAGCUUUGGGCUUGCAUGUAAGGACUAGCAAAGAUAAAUUCGAUGACUCGCAGCAAAAAUUGUGUCUUUUUUGGAUGUUGUUCACACUUGACAAGUCCUGUGCCAUUGCAUUCGGUCGACCUGCAUUUUUGCCCUUCAACUUGUACCGCCAUGUUCCACUGCCAGAUGAACAGUUUACGCGGCAGUUCUGUCCUCAUGAUACGGGGAUAUUCGGCAGUCAGCCGCAAAGUUCAAAAACCUCCGACUUUGGUUCUAUGAUGUUCAAAAAGACCAUCGAGCUAUCCAAGUUGACGAGCGAUGUUUUGGAAAUUCUGGGUGUGGCUAAUUCGGAAGCCAAGGAUAACAUACAAUCAAGGUUAGACCUUUGGUUUUUGAACACGAACAAGGUAAGAUUCCUGCACUGUGUUGGCCUUGUUCGGCGGGAGAUACCUAACUCGCGAGGUCAGGCAUUGACGCAGGCCAUGGGAAACGAGCAAAUAUCGGCAGAUGACAGCCAAAUCCGUGAAAUGAACCUAGGAAUCAAUAGUGUCAAGUUUCAAUACUUGCACAUUCUCACUCUUUUGCUGAAGGGGGAUCGGGCCUCGGAUCAUCGUCUAUCUUGUGCUCGAGAAGCAAUCUCCCUUCUUCCGUCUUUGGUAUCGAACUGGGGCUCAGUGUAUAAUGGAGUUAUCUGGCAGCUUCUCUAUUAUCCAUUUGCUCCUUUCUUCGUGAUAUUCGAAAACAUCGUCCACCAGCCUGGCAGAUCCCCGACGGUUGAGCAAGACCUGCGUUUACUGGCUACGAUGGUAACUUACUUCACCGAGAUGAGAUCCCAAAUGCGGCUUCUAGCUGGCGUCUGCACCAAGCUUGAGCAUACUGCGGCUGUUUUCCUCCAGCUAGCUCAAUCUCACACCCGCUAUAGUAACUCAGCACAGCUCACCGACGAUGCAGCCCGAUUAACCCAACGGCCGAAAAAUUCGGGGCUAGAUGAGCAUGGCACACAGCCGUGGGAUGGUAUGACUGAUGCUGGCCUGGUUCACUGUGACUUCGCAAAUUACUUAAAUUGGUUACCUGUGGAUAUGGAACCUACAUCGCGAAUACUUGAAAAUGAGCUCCAAGGCUCAAGAUCUCAUCAUUCAAACCACAAACCAGAGAGUACUUCAACAAACUUCCAAAGACCAGUGUCGGAUCGCGUCUUUGAGUGGUUUUUAUGGGAUGACUACUAUGGCGAUACCAAUAUUUGA